AUGCCACAUCCGCCUUCUGAAGGGAAGAAUUUCGAAGCGACUGCGCCGGAGCUCGCUCUCAAACCGGAGCUGCUACAGGGCAUGAGCCUUUGGAAUCUUAGUAAUGAUCUCCCAUGCUAUCAUGAACUUGUUCACUCCAUUGUUCAAGGUUACCAUGUUCUCGCCCAAGGCCCAUUCCCUCUUAAACGGAUGUACCUCGUGGUCUCCAUCCUCCAACGGAUCAAUACAGCUGCUCCGCCUGACACUCCGACCCAAUGCCAAGCUCUGUUCGUAAGCCCGACGUUUGAGUUGGCAUGGACAGUGCAGGGUAUUGCCCGAAUGUUGGCGUCGGCAAUGCCAUCGGUGAAAGUCUACUGCUGUCCUAGAGGGUUCCGUGAUGCCCACGACAAGGUUGUCGAGCUCCAAGGGUCGGGGAUAGGGCGGGUUCCCGAUAUAGUCAUAGGGACACCUGGUCGGAUCCGGGAGAGUAUCGCUCGUGGAUGGUUGAAGACUGACGCAGUUACGAUGCUCGUCUUUGAGGGAAUGGACGAUAUUUUAGAUAACGGAUACGAUGACUCUGUUCUACUGGAGAUCCUUCAGAUGGUCGCGCAUACCAACACGCAAGUCGUGGUGCAAUCCGAUAGCUUGCACAUGUGGAGAAGGAUUUGGAAGCUAGUGAGUGAUUUUAUGCCUUCCCCCGUGCGGGUAUGGGAUAUUUAG